AAAUGAAAAGUUAUCGGUACUUUUGUGGAUUGAGAACCUCUGUUGCAUGUUUCUCAGAAGAAAUUACCAAAGAUCUUGGAGGCUGAGGGAGGCAUGCAGGGCUCUCCUGCACCAUCAGGUGCGAGCACCACUGAGUGGCAAUGUUAAAACCUUUGAACAUGCACCUGCACUGUGCAGUCUCGAAGGUAAAAAAAAAACUGCGCCAAAUAGUUUACACAGUAACUCGUCGCACAUAGGAACGUAGUGUACCAUGUGUCGACCUACAAUCUACCGGACCAUGAGGACUUCCCUCAGGUGUUCAUUAGUUAGCUCAAUCAUACUUUAACGAUUCAUUUGUUCUUGUUUAAAUGUAAAAGCAGAACAAUUCUUGGACGUCGAAAGAACAAUAAAGCCAGUGAUUGUUUCUUUUAUUGUUCAUUCCCUUAGAUAUGGUGGUUACCAUUCUUUUAAAAGUGCGGAUAACAAGGAGUAGGGGAUAACUUUUAGUUGUCCACAUAUAAGAUGCUGUGCCCCGACCUCUGUUAGUCUUGAAUAAACCGACCACUUGGGUGAACAAUCGCUCUCUCGAUUUCUCCCUAAGUUUUUAUUUAAUUACAAUUUGUGGCUUGAGGUGUUAGUGGUGUGAAAAAUUAAUGAUGGAAGUGAGUAGUCGUGAGGCAAGAGUGUACAGCCAAGUACUCAAUAAAUCAAGAAGUGAUUCGCCGGAUAAGGGUUUAACCCUUGAAGAACUCAUUAAAGAACUUCAUAAUGCAUUCAACACCGAUAUUGUUGACAUUGAUAAUGUUCAGAAAUUACUCUCAUUGUACAGGAGUAAUCCCCACGACUGGAAGAAGUACGCAAAGUUCGAUCGGUACAGGUACACGAGGAAUUUAGUGGACGAGGGCAAUGGAAGAUUUAACCUGAUGGUAUUGUGUUGGGGAGAGGGCCAUGGAUCAGCUAUUCACGACCACGCUGAUGCCCAUUGUGUUAUGAAAAUCCUACAGGGAGAACUACGUGAGACGCGAUAUGCAUGGCCAUCAACCGAAUUUACCGACUGUCCAGGAGGUCAAGAAUUGCAGGAGAUCGAGAAGAACGUUCUCCAUCUCAACGACAUAUGCUACAUAAACGACUCAAUGGGUCUUCACAGAGUGGAAAAUCCUAGUGCAAUUAACCCCGCGGUCUCCCUCCACCUCUACUCACCACCAUUCUCAACGUGUUCGAUCUUCAACCAGAAGACUGGCCAGAGAAUGCCUAGCAAAGUGACCUUCUGGUCCAAGUAUGGCGAACGUCGUAAUCGGGAGAUACAGGAAAACAGAUGUCCAGAGGACAACUGAUCCGAUUAUGCCACGAGGACAAGAGACAAAUUGGUUUAUGCACCAGCUGUUUCGAAUAAAAAGAUGAAAUGCGAAAUUCUCAUUUUUUAUUUUGACUUUUCAAAGUUAUCAAAAACGAAGAAGCUACGGCUGAUGAAAUUUUUUUUUGCAUUCUGUUAUCGUAUUUGGAGAAAUUAAAACAGAAAUGAUUUUUUAAUACCUUUUUAUGACUCGGAGAAAGCAAUAUUGUAUAAGAUAAUAUGCGAAACAAAACGACAGCAAAUGAACGAAACGUUCGUAAUGUAACAUAAUACUGUUUCUUUUCAGCAUUUAUCGAAAACAUACGUAUUGAAUAUUCUCCAUAAAAUUUUUACAUUCAUAAAAAAAUGCUCAGAAAUGUAAUUGUCUAUGUAAUAAGUAUCAAUUUUAUACUCAUGAUUAUUACUCUGUAAUUGCUGAAGGGUUUAUCCCCCAAUUUGUAAAUAAAUAUCAAAAAAUUUAACCUG